AUGCUUCACGUCAAACUGGUCCUUCUGCUCUCAAUGGUGGCUUUUUCCGUCCAAAUGGGCAUGGUUGUUGGUGAUCCCAUCGAACUAACCGUUUUCUCCAAUGAAAGUUGUCAUCAGACGGAGAUACUUGUUUUCUACCGAAUCAAGCUGGUGACCAGCUGGUCGAAAAUACUGUUUCCCAAACAGUAUCCAGAAUUUAGACCACCGCCACACUGGAGUAUGACAUUUGGUCAAACACAUAACGAUAGCUUUCGAUUGUUUGAGAUAAACCAUCCGGCCUCGAUACCGGUGGCAACAUUCGCUGAAACGGGCCAAUCAGCACCGUUGGAAGAAAUGUUAUCACUGCAGCAGGAUAUUUUAUUCGACGAAUUUCGACUCCCUAAGAUUCGUAAAGGCAAAGGAGAAAGCGAAGCUACCUUCUUCGUUGACGGAAAACAUUCAAGUGUGUCUUUCAUAACAAAAAUUGUCCCAUCGCCAGAUUGGUUUGUUGGAAUGGACUCAUUCGAUCUAUGUUCACGAGGAAGGUGGUUGGAGAAGGCAACCGUUCCGCUUCAUCCCCUUGACGCAGGGACUAGCAGUGGACUUACUUUUACUUCACCAAAGUGGCCAACGAAUCCUCGCGGAGUGGUGGAACGGAUUACUGCUAGGUAUCCCCUUCAUUUUGCAAGUAGCUUUUUUUAUCCAGAAAUUAAACAUCUUCCACCGAUUGCUCAUGCGACGUUCAUCAAGGUGAAAGAAUAUAUCAAUCAGAACAACGUUCACAAAAAGGUGAAAAAAUUGAAGUACAAACAGAGAUCAAAAUUGCUAAACAAAAUCCAUCAAAAAGCUUCUAAAGGAGAUUCUAAUGAAACACAACCGGAAAAAGAUUGUCGUGUGAGUCCCUGGUCUUCUUGGAGUCCUUGUAGCAAAACAUGUGGACUUGGUAAACGAAAUCGUACUCGCAGCGUCGUUCAUAUUCAACGCGUGGGUGGAGUCGAAUGCCCUGCACUAGUAGAAACACAAUGGUGUGGUUCAGCACGCCAAUGCUCUGAGAUUGACAAUUACUUCAAAUGGUGAUGAUGGUUGAUAAUAAAUAUGCCAGAUAGAAUUCAUGGAUAAAUCCCUGUUUUGUUUAUGU